UGUGCGGACUGCGCACCCAUCACCACCACCAACUCAUCACCGUCCAGACGCCAGAGUCCAAGUUUCCUCCCCUUGCAUUCCUUCACUCUCCACGCUCGUUGCUCACCCGUCUGCUGGACAGUCACAUCCUACGCUUCUUCUUCCCUUCCUAUUGCACGGCAACACCGUCCGCUCCUUCGAGUCACCUCCAGUCGCGCUUGCGUGUUGACCGUUUCCGGGUCGUCCACUCCCUUGCACCUGUUGCAGAUCCUAAAACAUUUCGUGCUUCACUUCCACACCACACCUCACCCGAUCCCAGCAUCUUAUUGCUUGGCCGGAUUGGUCGAUUUCAAUCUUCUACAGACCGUACGAGGUUUCUACCACCUGUUUGCGAAUGGUCAGCAGGAGAGAUGCAAGCAGCAAUGCCACCGCCCUCACGAGGGCCUGAGUUGUCCCCAGUGUCUACGACUGGAAGCGAUGGAUGGUCAGGUCUCAACAACUACAGCCAGUUACCGCGCAAUGAUGGAAAUUUCUCAUCCUUGAACGGCCCCGGCGACGACUAUCUUUCCAAAGCACCUCCCUUUCCGCGCCCUGGUCCGAAUGGCGCCAACUUCCCUCCCGGGCCUCUUGAUCCUAUGGGCCAACGUCGUCCCUCCGAAGUCGGUUCACGUGGAUCGUCACGAGCAGGAUCAAUCGCAGCUUCUCGCUCGAGUGAUGGCACAUUGGCAGAUGACCAGAGUCGGAAAUACAGGCGGAUGGAAGCGCAACUCUUCCAGCACUACACUGUUCUCAAGGGAUAUCUAAAAGGAGGUGCACAAGUUCCGCCGCGCCCCAAUAAAGCCCGAGACAAACUGCUGCGCCUAUCUCCCGUGCAAUUCCAUGAGUUAAGUACCGAUGUUUUCGAUGAAUUGCAACGUAGACAAGCGGCCACACCCCUACCUGGCCGGCCACCGCGGCAACAGAACGUGCCUCCAUUUCUACAACCGCGUCCGGAUUUCCACGAAAAGAGAAACCAGGCAAGGCAGAAACUCUCAUCCUUACAGGCGCCACGAUUCAAAGACUUGUCGACCGAUGUGUUCUGUGAACUAGAAAGGAGAUUUCCACAAUUUGCGCGCUCCGAAGGGGGAAGGAGAGAAAGUUCUCGCUCGCACUCAAGAGGUCCUGGUAGUGUCGCCUCAAGUAACGGUGGAGGGGGAUAUGGCCUGCCAUCCAGAGCUCAAACAUUCGGCCCAGGUCCAAUGGGCUAUUCUCAGAGACAGGACUCUGUGACUAGCAUUCCGCAAUUCGACAACCCACCGAUGAACGACUAUGGACGCCCCAUGGCAAAGCAAUUCCAAAGCAACACCAUAACUCCAAACAAGAGUAUGAUGGUGGAAGAUGAGGAUGAGGCGCAGGCCACAGACUUGAAAUACGACCGUUCCAGCGAUGCUUUCGGCCUUGAGAGUUCCCUAACUAGUCCCCGAAGCGACCGAGAUACCUCAGCGACUUCACAAAGCGGAGUCAGUUACAAUUCCAAACCUCUUCCUCCUGCAAUGACCGAGCUGCAGGACAAGCUGGCAGAUCUGGAAGCCAGCCUCGAAGCAAGAGAUACCGAACUUCGCAAUUCCACCGCGGAAGCCGAGAAGUGGAAAAUAACUACCGACGACCUGGAGAAGAAGCUACAAGCGGCGGAAGUUCUUAAUCAAUCCUUGAAGGCGGAAAUUGAAAAACUCAAGGUUGAGCAGCCUAAUUAUAGUGGCGAGAGUGUUUUGUGGAAGACCAAAUAUCUCAAACUCGAUCAAGAGAAUGAAGGUUUGCAGAGCCGUCUUGCUCAGCAACAAGAAUUGACCGAGGAGGUUCGUCGACAAGGUCAAACAUUCUUGGAAGAGAUGCGAGCCAUGGCUGAUUCCGGAGGCAACCCUGAUCGCGAGCAGAAAUUGCAAGCCGAUGUUUCCAAACUGGAAGAGGAAGUCAAGGAAUGGAAAGCUCGAUAUGUCAAGACGAAAACACAGCUUCGCAGUGUGCGUGCCAGCUCGCUCGGGCUUAGUAUCGCUCGACCAGACGCCAAUCAACAUGCAGCUGCUCUCCAGGAUCGCGAAGGUCUGGUCAAGGACGUUCAUGUCACUAAAUUCCAAAUCUCCAUUGACGAACUACUUCGUAUUGCGAGAUCCGAUAAUCCAGCGGCUGUCCUUGACCACAUGAAGACUGUGGUUUUGGCCGUAAGGAGCAUCACUUCUGAUGUUGAUGCCGCCGGCACCGACAAGAAUGACGACAUUACCAAGAAACGAGCAAAGAUGAAGAGCAAGGUCUCAGUCACGGCCAAUAAUCUCAUCACCGCAUCCAAGAAUUUCGCUUCUGCAAGCGGUCUCUCACCCGUCAGUCUUGUUGAUGCUGCUGCCUCUCACUUGACCGCUGCGGUUGUUGAUCUUCUCCACACCGUCAAAAUUCGACCUACGCCUCCUGGUGAGCUAGAAGACGACGACGAUGGCACUCUGGAGCCUUUGCAGAGCAAUGGUUACUUCAAUAUUGCCGAGACCCUGAGACGCCGUAGUGCUGUAGAAAGUGUCUACAGCGCGUUGAGCACUCCACCAGAGACUAGAAAUGGUUCCAUGCAAAUCGGGCAUCAACGAAAUGGUUCAAGCUAUCUCAACGGGACAGGUUUGGGAAUUCAGUCUACGUAUGGUCUGAGCCAGGAGGAGGCUGAUCUUGAAGAUCUUAAGAUGUACCUGGAAGAUCAAACUGAUGGCCUGGUUCAGUCCAUCACCUCACUAGUCGACGCCAUCCGGAACGACGAUGCGACAGCACCAAUUCAAACCCACAUCAGCACCAUCGCAGGAACCAUCGGAAAUGUCGUGACUGCCGUGGAGAGAACGAGCAACGAGACUUCUUCAUAUCAGACGCUGUUGAUUGAAAAGUCACAGCCUAUUGUGUUGAUACUGCAGGAUUGUCGCGAGAAGCUGCUCCAAGCAGGGGCCGAUUCAACGGCUUAUAAUGGAACCCCGCAAAGCAAGGAAGUCAUACAGACACUGCCACCAUUGGCGUUCCAGGUCGCUCGUGAGACUAAAGAGCUCGUGUCGAGAAUCAUGGCCAUUGAAGCUGGACGUGGCGAGGAGGAUUUUAGCUGAAGGCGUUGUUAGAGCAGUAUCACGACAAGCAAAUGACCCAGACACAGGCUUGCCUGGUUUGAAAUAGACUUGUAUAGAUGAACCAUAAUGUAUCAAUGCACCUGCCGGAGAAUGGCGGUACCAGAUGGCAG